AUGUCGUACCUCAAACAAUUCACAAGAAUCCUGCGGGGCUCGCUCAGCUCCUCGCCGUCGACACCGUCGACAUCCGGAUCGGUGGGAGCCUUCCACCUGCCCGUACGAAAACUGGUGCUGCGGUAUAGCCAGCACAACGCGUCCUCCUCGGGAACACGCGCAUUCCUCCUCUCUCCACGCUUCGCCUCCCUGACGCAAAAAUACCCCAGCGUCGAGUUCGUAGUCGACCACGCGGCGCGCGACAAGCACCCGCUCGUCACAGGGUUCUACGCUGCCACAGAAAAGGACGGCAGGCGGAAGGACAUUAACUUGGCUAACCUGGACGCGAACCAGGUCGAGGCGAAGAUCAAGCAGGUCGUGGAAAGCAGCGGAAGGAAGAUCAAGAGCUUGAAGAGGAGGCCGGUCGAAAGUAAGGUCGAGAGUGCGAGGGGCGUGUGGUCGCAGAUGCACGAUCGGGCUGUUGAUAUCUAA